UUGGGGAUUUGCCUUGUGAUGAUUUUAUUUGAACAGGUGCGUUACAAAUAGCUGAUUUGGUAUGAGGUAUUGCCUGCCAUGUGGCAGGAGUUGGCUGGAAGAUUAGGAAAAUAGGAACAUAGGAAGCUGCCUUAUACCGAGUCACACCACUGGUGCAUCUAGCUCAGUACAAUUGCCAACCACGAGGGUUCUGUUCCUGGAAAUCCUCGCGGUUGGCGAAUUUGUGGUAGCCGAGGCAUUAAAGUCAAUGGGAAAAGGGGGGUUAGGGGAAUCGCGGUCGCAAAGCAACCAAAAACAAGGCAAAAAAUUGAAAGAAUUGUCUCCUGACCCUCAGAAAGGACCUGACCCCCAUAAAUCGCCCCCUGACCCCAAGAAAUGACCCUCUGACCCCAGAAUUGACACCCUGAUCCCCAAAGUUACCCUCCCCCAGAUUUUUUUUAAAAAACGCCAAACCAUGUAUACACAAGUCACAGCUGGCGAGGGUGGUGUCAAUUUCCCAGUCAAGGAUACUCAAAUCUGUGAUUGGGAAAACUGUGAUAGGCGAGGGACGACUCUAUUGACUACACAGAUUGGCAGCGGCUUCUCUAAGGUUGUACCCACCUCCACUUCCGGUUCCCAAAUGUCCUGGGUCUCCUGCUGGAUGUCUCUUGGCCCCAAAGCCUUCUGAGGAUGUGUUUGCCCUCCUAGACAAAGAUAUGCUCCCAACCUUGGCAGUGAUGAUGUUGACCUGGCUGGUCUUCCCCAAGACUUUGGCCUUGGAGGGAGAUUGGGAGGAAGACAGCGCUGAAGAAUAUCUGGAUCAGGAAGUCAAUGCCAGACAAGGCCUGGGGGUGAGCUAUAUCCGGUACCCAGAACUGAAGGCAGCUCAUGCCCCAGAAUACCUGGAUCUGGUCUUGGAGGAAGCUUGGAAGGGAUGGAAGGAAGCCUAUGCUAAAGAAUACCUUGAGGAAGAAGAGGCCUUCCGUAGGGCAGUCUGGAAAAAGAACUUGCAGAAGAUUCAGGAUCAUAACCACGAGGCUUCCCUGGGGAAACACACUUAUCAGCUGGGCAUGAACCACCUUGGAGAUCUGACUGAUGAAGAAUUUAACCAGAUGCUAAAUGGCUUCCAUCCCAGUCCACGUAGCAGGAAUGUAGAUUUCUUUGAAGAAUCUACUGUUCUGGAGACACCCAGGGAAGUGGACUGGCGCGUCAAAGGUUAUGUCACCCCAGUGAAAAACCAGGGCCACUGUGGAUCAUGCUGGGCGUUCAGUGCCACCGGUGCGCUGGAGGGUUUGCACUUCAAGAAAACAGGAAAGCUGGUUUCACUAAGUGAACAGAACCUGAUAGACUGCUCCCGGAAGCUGGGGAACCAUGGAUGCAAAGGAGGUUACAUCACCCGUGCCUUUGAGUACGUGCAGGAUAACAAGGGCAUCAACUCGGAGCUUGUCUACCCCUACUUGGGGAAGGAUGGAUCCAGCUGCCAUUUCGACCCCCUGCAAAGAGCAGCCGAUUGCACAUCCCUGGUGAUGGUUCAAGAGGGGAGCGAAGUUGCCCUGGAACAAGCUGUAGCAACGGUUGGACCAGUUUCAGUUGCUGUGGAUGCCAGAAGCUCCGAGUUCCAUUUCUAUAAGUCAGGAAUACUUGCCAGCAGAUCGUGCAGCCACUGGGUGAACCAUGCCAUGCUGGCGGUUGGCUAUGGAACCUCGCAGGACAAUGGGAAGAACAUGGAUUACUGGAUCCUAAAGAACAGCUGGUCUGAGGACUGGGGUGAAGAAGGUUACAUGCGAUUGGUGAAAGGAGCUGACAAUCACUGUGGAGUGGCCAGGCAGGCCACCUACCCCACCUUGUAACCCGCUAAGAAGCUGGGAUCCCAUCUUCCUGAACCUCUCCAGCUUCGGACCUUUGAAUUGUUGCCUUUUGAGCUGCUGCUUCCAAUUUUUGUUGUUUCCUAACAGGGUUGAAAUAACAUCUUGUGUGUGUGAUUCUGGGUUUCUGCAACAUUGUCAUCGAUCAGAUGGGGCUUGGGAUUUUCUGGUGAAGUCUGUAUUGCUGAUUUCAUAAACUUAAAAUUCUGCCAUCUUAGAAGAAGCAUUCCUCCCGUGCUCACACACCCAGGAAUGCCUCUUCCAACAUUGUGUCUGCACGGAUGCGUCAAAUAAGAAGAAAGGAUAAUUUCUUGAGAGAGUCUUAUAUUCACAUGCAAAUGAGGCAACCCUAAUUUUUCAAUUAAAGAUCAUGAUUAAUC